GAACUAAGAUCGACUGUUUCCAAGGAGACCACCAACACCGCUGAACGUUGGCCUACCGGGGGCAGAGACGAGGGGGUAAGUCAGUCCAUAUUACAGACAGAGAGAUAGUUAGGUGUAGAAAGUACUACCUGGCAGGGUGACUGCGAUUUGAAUCGACUACGGGAGCGCUCCCUAGAACGGUGGACGCUCCGGAGACCAGAAUCUGACUCCUGGAGACCAGAAUCUAGAAGUCGUAGCCUGACAAGAUGUCGUUUUUAUUCGACUGGAUCUACAGAGGGUUUAGUAGUGUUCUACAGUUCUUAGGUCUUUACAAAAAGAGUGGGAAGCUGGUUUUCCUGGGCCUGGACAAUGCUGGUAAAACAACACUUCUACACAUGCUGAAAGAUGACCGACUGGGCCAACAUGUGCCGACGCUGCAUCCAACAUCUGAAGAGCUGACAAUCGGAGGGAUGACAUUCACUACAUUUGACCUGGGAGGACAUGUACAAGCUCGGAGGGUGUGGAAGAAUUACCUCCCGGCUGUGAACGGAGUCGUCUUUCUUGUAGACUGUGCAGAUCACGACAGACUCACAGAAUCCAAGACUGAACUUGAUGCUCUCCUAGGAGAUGAGACUAUAGUCAAUGUCCCGGUGUUGGUGCUGGGAAAUAAGAUUGACCGCCCUGAGGCCAUCAGCGAGGGCGGACUGAGAGGAGCCUUUGCUCUUGACGGUCAAGUUACAGGAAAGGGGAGCGUCUCUUUGAAGGAGCUGAACGCCCGACCGCUGGAGAUUUUCAUGUGCAGCGUGUUGAAAAAACAAGGCUACGGGGAAGGUUUCAGAUGGUUAUCACAGUACAUCGACUGACACGCAGGAUUGAAGCUUUAACUGGAGGGGAUUUUUCUUGACACAUUUUCAUAGAGCAUGACAAAGACUUUGAGCCUUUGAUAGUGUCACUCAGCCCAAAUUUCAAACAGCAUUAUUAAGAACAUAUUCUUUUUAAUACUUAAAGCAUUUAUUCAGGAUUUAAAGGUUUCUAUGCAAACUUUUAAAAAGUGGUUCAUGGUGAACUGUCUGUUCCUUGUGUGUUAUCAAUGUGUAAAUGAAUAGAUAUACAUUAUGCAAGAAUGUAGAUAAAAAUGUAGAUUUGAUGUACACAUCAGUGUUGCUUUAUUUAUCAUGAUAUAGACUGGAUAGGUUUAUUUUGAGCUGGGGGAUUAAAAAAAAAAACUAAGGUGUCAGUUGUUGUUUUGAGGUUUUUGAAGGUUGUCUGACAGAUUAAGAAGUUUUGAUUUGACAAUUUGACAAAAAAACUGAACAAAAAUGAUUGAUAAAACUUCAUGUAAUCUAAUACUGUCAGCCACUGUUAUCAGAGCACAGAGCCAAAGAAGUAUGUUAAUGACUUCAGGAUUAGCAGGGAGAGAGAUUAGACUUUAACAAAAGAUUUCUUCCAUGCUGAGCGCUGAGCCAAAAUAACUCCUUUAAAAAAAAAAAAAAGGGGGAAAUAUAGCACGUCCUACAAAUACAGGCAAGAAAAAGA